AUGACGUCCUCCUCGCUGUCUUACCUGGCGGUCCUCGCUUUGUUUGCCCAUCGGUCGUGGCAGCAACGAGAUCCAGUCCAAAACUUUUGUCGGCGGUUUGGACACCAGUCUACUGUCAUAGACGACAAACUAUAUCUGGAUGGAGGUCUGGUUAAUUGGAAUCCUAUUUCAACCAAUGCCCAGAACUACUCCAAUACUUGGCUGUCGUAUCAUGACCUGCAGAAGAAUGGCGCAAGUGGGAUGCCUCAACUGCACGCCAAUCUUUCCAAGAACGGCUCCAUUCCGGACGUCAAUGGCGGUGUCUUGUGGGGAGACGACGUGAACAAAGUGUUCUAUCUCUUCGGCGGGGAUUUCUACGGCACACCACCCACGCCCUUCAACCUCUACUCGUAUGACAUACUAAACGAUUCGUGGGAUAAUCUUGGCCCGCCGAGCCAGAGCGGAAUCAACCCAAUAUCGUAUGGCGCAGGCGUGGGCAUCUCGGAGCUUGGCCUAGGCUUCUACUAUGGCGGCUGGCUUUCCAAUAACUCAGUCCCCGGGUGGUCCGGCGCACCUAUGGCCACGACUGGCUUGGUCAAGUACGAUAUGGACCAGGGGUCAUGGACGAACAAUACGGGACCGGACUCGACGCGGAGGGCCGAGGGAACGAUGAAUUAUUUGCCAGCCUCGGACGGCGGGUUAUUGAUCUACUUUGGGGGAGUCCAGGAACUGGAGAACGGCACGACGACGGGUCAGCCGAUGGACGAGGUAUUUAUCUACGACAUUCUGAGCGGGCGGUGGUACACACAACAGACUUCGGGCACGACGCCGCAGAUGAGGAGCAGGUUUUGUUCCGGGGUGACGUGGGCGGAUGAUCAGUCGAGCUAUAAUAUAUAUCUGUAUGGUGGCGCUGGUAUGCCACCAGAUACUUCCGGCUUCGACGACGUGUAUAUACUAACGAUCCCCACAUUCACCUGGAUAAAACUUUACCCUAAUGAUGGCAACGUCACCGGCCAGUAUCCUCACCACAGUUUGAGCUGCAAUGUCGUCAACAAGGGACAGAUGCUCGUCAUCGGCGGUACCUUCCCGCUGAGUGACGAUUGCGACGCGGCACCUCAAUGGGGUGCACAUAACCUCGUCCUUGGUCAGCAGUCCGAUCCGGAUGCGAACCCGUGGCAGCUAUACUCGCCGAACCUGACGACAUACGCCGUCCCGGACGAGAUCGUCUCCGUAGUAGGCGGCCAGGCCACAGGAGGGGCGACGAGGACAGCCCCCUCCGGCGGCUUUGACAACCCGGACCUCGACGUCCUCAUGACCAAGAGGGCAUCCGUAGCAGCCAGGACCCCAACACGCUCCAUCCCCGGCGCAACGAGCAGCGCCUCGUCGUCGGGCGGCACGCACCUCAGCACGGGCGCGAUUGUGGGCAUAGCUGUCGGCGGCGGGGUAGCACUAAUCGCCCUGGUCGUCGGACUGUGUGUGUUCAUCCGGAGGCACCGGAGAUUCCGGUACGGUGCCACGGGAGGCCAACACGGCGGGCCCAAGUCCAGCGCAGGAGGCAGCAGCAGCCCAUACACCUUUGGGCCGGGUACCACGCCGUGGAGCCCGAACAGCGCCUACAGCGGCGCCGCCGCCGCCGGGGGCGCACAUACGCCUAGCAGCUACGGGGCUCCUCCGAGUCCUUUCGCGAGGAGGCCUAGCAACCUAAACGUCCAGCAGGGUCCCGCGGAGCUGGCGGCGCCCGUGCCGGACGGGCACGGGGACUACGAGAUAUCGUAUGCGGGUGGUGCUGGCGGGGGCAUCGGCCCGGCGGGGGAGUUCGGGGAGCAGCGGCGGUCGCUCAGGACGUCCCACCGGAGCGUGAGCUCGUCGGGGGUGGUUCCGCCGUACUACGGCGACCAGCCCAAGUUCGACGACUCGGGUCGGCCGUGGUACCCGCAGGUCAGCAGGAUGGACGACGGGCCGUUCCCGAGCCCGCGGUCGCUGUCUACCGGCCACAGCCCCAACGGCGGGUACAGCCCCGCGCAGGAGAUGAUGGACCAGCCGAGGUGGCCGCUGGGCGUGACGGGCCCGCCGCCGCCGCCGUCAUCGAGAGGCGGCGAGGCGGAUGCGGAGUGGGAUGGGGUCGACGGGAGGCCGCCGCGCGAGGGGAGGGGCAGUGGGAGGCAUGAGACGUUUUAUCAUCCCUAA